AAGGACCAUUUUCUAAAGGACUCUGGUGUGGCAUAGAGGACCAUGCACUGGGGACCAUCCUGUGAGACGGUUUAGUAAGAAUAAAGGCCUUUCUUGUAUCGCACACAGCAUGACGGGGAAACAGGGUGCUGUGCUGUCGGAAAGUUUAAAUCUGUCGGAGAAAACCUCUCUGGGAGCGAAUGGAGGAACAAACAGCCACCAGCCGAAGAGCAGCGCGCCUCAUCCGCCACCCAGGUGCACCGGCUUCGGCAUCCAGGAGAUUCUGGGGCUGAACAAGGAGCCGUCCGCGGCACUAAGAAGUCCGCUGGGCUGUCUACCGGCCGGAGCGCACCUGAUCGCCGCCAGGUCCCUGCUGGGCCCCGGAGGAAUGGGGAUGGGUGUGGGGAUGGGAUUAAUCGGUCCUGGUGGAAUUCCGUCGUUUUACAGCCAGCCAGCUUUUCUGGAGACGGUGCUGCAGGACGCACAUGAUGUUCACCUGCAGCCCCACAGCAGGUCCGUGGGCCCGCUGGAGACCAGCCAGUCCGCCAGCUCAGACUCGGAGGAUUUAUCUUCAAAUGAACGGAAACUCUCAAAGUCUUCAAUGAGUCAGAGCAAGAAACGCAAGAAAAGACGUCAUCGAACCAUAUUCACCUCGUACCAGCUGGACGAGCUGGAGAAGGCCUUUAACGAGGCGCAUUACCCGGAUGUUUACGCCCGAGAGAUGUUGGCCAUGAAGACAGAGCUGCCUGAAGACAGGAUACAGGUGUGGUUUCAGAACCGCAGAGCCAAGUGGAGGAAGAGGGAGAAGUGCUGGGGCCGCAGCACUGUGAUGGCAGAGUACGGGCUGUAUGGAGCCAUGGUGAGGCACUCCAUCCCCCUGCCGGAGUCCAUCCUCAAGUCUGCCAAGGACGGCAUCAUGGAAUCCUGCGCCCCAUGGCUGCUUGGGAUGCACAAAAAGUCCUCGGAGGCAGCAGUUCCCCCGCCCACGGGAAAGUGCGACGAGCAGCAGCAGCAGCAGCAGCAGCAGCAGCAGCAGCCGAGCUCUCAGAGGGCAGAGGAAGCUGAGGCCGAGGAGAAGAGGUCCGAGGUCACGUCCACCAUUUCUAAAGAGGAGCUGAGAGAGAACAGCAUCGCUGCACUCAGAGCCAAAGCACAGGAGCACAGUGCCAAAGUGCUGGGGACCGUUUGUCAGGAGAGACUACAGGAGGGGAAACAAGAGAGACAGGCGGCUGAGGAGAAAACUUGCGACCCUGUGAGUCCAGCAGAUAAGGAGAGGAGUCCAUAAAGACUUUUCUGAGGACUGGUGCUCUUAUGUGUACAGACUAAACCAGCAUUCCUGGUUUCAUUCCUCCUUGACUCCUCUAAAGCGGCCUGAAACUGGACUUCUUUUGGAAGAACACUGAUCUGGCCUAAACUGGCUCUGCACAUAAGAUGCAAAUGCACUUUUUCUGAUUUAUUCCAAACGUAGUUGUUUUUCGCUUACAAAACAGCAAAGAAAAUUUGACUGACUGGAAAUAAAACUGUCAACAUUAGUGUAUAUAGAUCCCAUAAUUAUAUGUAGAGCAAGACGAGCAACAGUUUAUUAAAAAACAACAGUUAGAGCACACUUUAGGGACUACAAAUGAACAGUCUCAAGGUCUAUAUUUCAAUCCUGAACAUUUGUUUAUAAAGUCGAUUGUACAGCUCCUAAAUUGUGACGUGAGAUCAGAACUACCCCGCCGACAGAACUCUUUAAAGAGAAAGAAAGUAUUUGUUCUCUUUUAUCGCGCUGUACAUACUUGAUAUAUUAAUCUCUGGCACUAAGGCACAUUU